AUGCAUGUACGGUUGCUUGCCAGAGGUUCCCCGACACAAAGUCGUACAUACCAUAUAUACUCUACCAGUAGAGAACCCUCGAAAAUCAAGGCCGGUGAUCGUCAUCGUGCUAUCAAGCAUAAUCCCGCCCAUCCGCCUUACAAUGCCCAAAAAAUACCAGAUGAUUUCGAGGUUUUUGAAGUAUUGAUCUGGAGCAGGCCACGACUGACUCUACCGCAAAAAAGUUUUUGCGGUAUCUCAUUUCCCUUUUUUUCUCACGAGGAAGAACUCACCCAGUUUCGGAAAGUCCGCCAAUAG